UAGUCCAGGGAGGAGCACACCCCGCGCUGCUCUCUCUCUCCCCGCCAAUAACUGGAUCGCUUCGAUUCUGAUUAUCAUAACUUAAUGAACCUCUCGCCACUACAGGCUUCCAGGAGGUGGGCGAUCGUUCGUCUGACGUAACUGUUUUAUAAGUGGGUGUAGUGGAUCGCCAGGAAGAAGUUUGAAUAGAGACAUUCUAAUUGGGUGUUAAAAGUUUGUGUUUGUGGUACAGAUCUUCUCGCCUGCCUACCUCAGUGACCUCAGUCGUUCUUUACGGGUGGUUAACAGACUCAGUGUUGUGGAAUCUGUCAUUAUACAAUAUUUGAGAAUAUAUUGAUAAUUGGUGAGGAAAAAGUGGGUGAAAAUGACCUAAAGGUAGUGAAUAAGUGUGAUCAGAGUGGAUAGUACAAAUAGCGAAGAUUUUACCCUACAAGAGUCGUGUUGGUGAUUUCGACGGUCGCGUAGAAAGUAAUCCAAAGGGGCCGCCCGUACUACGACAACACGCAACCACGCACCAAAUGUCAUGCCCGUGCCCCCGCUGGUGACCUGACCCGUCUGGCCUUGUGCCCCCCUCCCUCCCGGCCCUCAUGGUGAAGGUGGUAGUGACGCCAGCAAGAUGAACCCCUCCAGUACCCUGCAGUACUUCAAGAAGCCCUUCUUCUGGAAGCUGGGCUACCUCAAGAUUAACAAGAAGGCCAAGAUACAGUCUGGUGUCACCGGCGGGGAGGAGACAGAGGUCAACCUUGCCACCUGCAUCCCGCUACCUGAGGACACCACAGACGGCCCCCCAAGCCUCACUGCCUUCAAGGGCGAGCUCGACUCAGCCGUCUCCCAGUACAUCUCUCAGGUUAAAGAUCUCGGUUACAAGGAGGAGACACCCAAGGAUCAGAAGCUUCUUGCUGUCAAGUUCCAGCUUGAUCCUGACGACAUAAAGCCCAAGAGCGAGGAGGAGGAGGAGGAGGAAGACGAGUUUGAGGAAGAGAAACCUAAGAUUAAGGUUAUCUCCAAGGAAGACAAGUGCGAGCAGACAGAGUUGGAGGUGGAGGUGACGUCUGUAGACAAUCCUCUGUAUCUUACACUAAGUGAGUGUUCCUCUGGUCUCCUGCCCUACAGUGAACAAGACCUGCCUCAGCAUCACCACUAUGAGAAUGGUCAAGUUGGCCGAGAAGACGAACACAUAUACGAGAACGUAGAUAACUCAACGGGUGGAGAGGAAGAAGAAGACGAGGAGGAGCACCUGUAUGAUACCUUACCAAGACGUAAGCCAGACUUGCCGCCUAAGCCAGAUUUCUUGUCCCAGCUUGCAGCGAGGCAGAGUGAACCAGUCAAACGUGCCUGGAACCCCUUCGUGAGCCUGAGCGUCGACACAGGGGAUCCAACACCCCCUCUGAGCACUGCCUCGUCCCUCUCGUCGCCAGACUCUCACCUCACCAACGAGCACUCUGAAGUGAGUCCCCAGAAGGAAGCCGAGAACACCACUACCAACCCGUUCUUGGACACCAAACCCACAGAGACCAGUGAACAGACGCUCAUCCUCGACGGCUCCGAGACAUCGGAUUUGGGUUCGUCUGGAGGAGAAUAUGACGUAGGAUCUGUUGAGGACUGGCCACUACCGCCCACACCCCCGCCAGGAGAGGAGGAGGUUACUGUACAGGACGACCCACUCCCCCCUCCGCCACCUGAACUUGCUCUGCAGCAACUUGAAGAAGAAGUGUUCCGUGAAGAGCAGGAGGAAAGGAAAGUUGCCCUUCAGAAAGAGAAAGAGUCCAUAGCACGCGAAUACGGCGCUAAGACCAAAGACCUCGACGAAGCACAACAAGUUGAAGCCGUCAACACAACUCUCACUUCUUUGGAGGAGAAAUUCACGAAACCGGACACCCAGACGCCGCCUCAAGAACCAGAGCCCAAGAAGGAGCCCAAAAUAAUCCAGAUUGAUGAGGACGACAGCGACGAGUUCGACACACCAGCCAUCAGACACUCUGUGAUCAUUGAACUGAAGGACUCUUGUCCAAAUGUUCCACAGAGCCUAAGGCCCUCAGAGAUCAGACGGAAGGAGAGUCUUAAACGCAGUGAGAGUGUCAAACACACGAGCGUCCUGAGGCGGACUAACAGCUACAAUAAAGUCAACAGACGGGAAUCAUUGUGUAAGGUGUUCCCGAGCAUCACCAGUGAGUUCAAGAAGUCAGAAAAUGGUGAAAGUGUUUCUGUCGGAGUGACAUCACCAAAGAGAGAGGAACAGAGUUUUACUUUCCUGGACUCCGGUGCCAGUAAAGAGAAGCAAUUCAUCGAAAUAUCUGACGACGGCUCCUGGGAGACCAAACUCUCGAGCAUGGACUCUCUGACCAACAACCACAACAACAAGCAGGAUAUUGAUCCUUUCACAGGUAACCCCAUCAUGGCGCCUCCCCUCAGCCCCGUCGCCAUCGCCGCCCCGCCCACAGAGUUCCAAACUGACGACGGGAUGGACGGUGUUUACUGCGCCAAUGUCAUCAACACUCACUCGGGUCCUUCAUCCCUUGCCAGCACCUUCGCCGAUUCCUUAGGCGCCGGAGACGUCAAUUCGCCGGAAACCCCAUCAUUUAUGACGGCACCUGAAACAAUCCUUGAAGAGCCGCCUUCCUUCUUCCAAGAUCCCGCCGUGAUGGACCUGGACGAGAAGGCUGCCGACAGUGCACAGACAAAUCCAGCUGAGGACAUGGAAGUCAGAUCCCCGGUACACAAGAAUCUAGGAGUUGCCAUCAUGGAGGGCUAUGAACAAGACCUGCAGAAGAAGAAGGACAGUAUGAACCUCCCCGAACAUUCCCUCCUGGAGUUCGGUGACACAGUUCGAGACUUGGAGCAGCAGCGAAGGUCUGUGAUUAAACAGAUGACAGUGAAAGCCAAGAGGAAGGACACUUGGAUCAAGACUUUCAACAUGCACGCUCACGGUAACGGAGACAACAUUCCCGUCGCUCCUUCACGGGCCAGGAGGAAAAACUCUCCCCAGAGGCCUGAGACAGUCACCAGGCAGGACAUCUCUGACUUACCCGUGAAUGGAUUUGCCAAGAAGUCAGAACCGGGAAUUGUGAAAUUGCAAAAGAGUAGCCUAGAAGCCUCACCCUCACAGAACAUGUCACCAAAGAGUACCAAGACUCCUGGUAAGGUGGAGCCAGUACCUCCUCCAAAAUCGUCACGCAAGAACAAGAUGACGGUAGAGCCAGUCGUCAUAGCGCCCGUGAAGAUUGACAACAGCCAGACCGUCCCUGAGGAGAGUGUCAUCUCGCCUAAGAACACCGAGAUUCUGGCAGCUCUCUUCUCGUCUCCUGUCAAAACGGCCCAAAACAUCGAGGAACACAAGGUUUCCCCUCAGAGCUCCCCAAAGAAGAUGACCAACAGCGUCAAACCUGAAACAGACGCCAAAGUAACCCACGACAUCCCUGCAGUAGAGCCUGCUGGGGACUCCGCCGUCGUGGACCAACUUGUGUCUUUUGCCGACUCCCCCGUGAAGCGUCCAGCAGCACCAGCACCUCCAGUCACCAGUACCAAACCUGAAGACUUCCUAGUGAUGUCCCUGGAAUCUACACCAGUCUUCACCGCCGCCACACCUGUCCUCUCCCCUGUAAAGCCCAGCGAGGAGUCUUUUACCCCUACUGGUACCACCCAGGAGGAGAGAUAA